AGUUUAACCAUCAGUUAUUACAAGUUCUUUGUGCUUUGUACAUCAACUCCAAACCAAAAUCAACAUGAAAUUCUUCGCUGCUUUGAUUGCUUUCGCUGCUGUUGCCUGCGUCGUUUUGGCUGAUAAAACCGACAAGAAGGAAGGUAUGGUAGCUUCAAGCUAUGGUGCUCCAGCUGCUCCAUCAUACGGAGGUGGUGCUUCAUACUCAGCUCCACCAUGCCCCAAGAACUACCUGUUCAGCUGUCAACCCAAUUUGGCUCCAGUUCCAUGCGCUGCUGGUGGAUAUGCUGGUGCAUACUCCGAACAAGUUCCACAAUACCUUCUUCCACAAUACCAAUACCCACAAUACGCUCCACAACACUAAGAAGGACAAUAGAUCAAUGUGAUGAUCUUGAAAUGUUGAUAUGGAUUUUGAGUUGGACUUUGUUAGCUGUUAUUUAUUUUGAAAUAAAAAAAAAAAGCUUAAUGAUUUUAUAUGAAA